UAGUAGUCAGUAUCUCUUCCAGUGUCUCUCGUCGUCUCGUUCAGCAAGCAUCAUAUAUAUAUAUAUAUUUAUUUAUAUAGAAAAUAUAAUCUCCUGUAUCUUUCAUUUCUCGUGGUCGUCUUCGUCGUCGGUAGGAAUGCUCCACACUUUUAUACACCGCAAGACUUUUUCAAGUGUCUUCUAAAUGAACCUUUAGCCGCGAAAAUUGUCAUAAAUUACACAUAAUAUAAACAAAUUAUUCUCGAUCAUCACAUAAAGGUGCGUGGUGCAAUUAUGGAUAUCUCGUGGGUUAUCUACUUCUGGAUAUGCGUCAUUGGUGCUGUACACGCAAAUGUGAAGAGUAAAGUCAAAUGUCAACACGAGUUGAUGGAAGUGGACAUUUUCAGGACGAGUCCACAAGCGAGGAUAUAUCUUCAUCAUCUGAAAAAUUAUCCAGAUGAAGGAUGCCAACCUCAAAUAAAGAAAGGAAUAGCAACGUUUAGAUUAUCCAUUCUGGACCGAGACCUUUCCCGCUGUGGUAUGACCCGUGUCCUCAAUACAAUGACGGGUCAAAAGGUGUACUAUCAUCAAAUUGUUGUUGAAGAACCAUCGGAUUCUAGUAAACACAUAUUGAAGGUACAAUGUGUAAUAACUGAAGUGACCGUUCAGCCUGGAAUUAAUUUUGGCAAUUACACAUUAAUUCCAACAAAUCACACAGUCGUUCGUAGGAAUGUGCUUCCAGCUGGAUUUCAAGAGGAGGAACACAUUACUGAUGCAGCUUCAAUAACACAAUCAGCGCCAUCUCCCGAAUUAGGAAUUGGCGUCCGACAAAACGGUGUAUUAGUGACUGGUGAAUUAAGUGUCAGUCCUGGUACUCCUCUUCAAAUGGAAAUUUAUCUUAAACCUGAUUCAGCACCAACCUACGGCCUUUUAGUGACUCAUAUGCAAGUCAGGGACAAAAUUGAUAACGCCACUCAAGAGGAGGCAAUUAUCUUCAAUGGCUGUUCAGUGGAUCCAUAUCUUUUUGAAAACUUCAAUACAAUUGAUGGUGAUUUCUUAACGGCCAAAUUUCGUGCAUUCAAAUUUCCCGACAGCAACUACGUGCAAUUCCGCGGUACCGUUAAUGUGUGCCUGGACAAAUGUGACGGGGUUGAAUGCAGUAAUGGUCAAAUUGGUUACGGAAGAAGAAAAAGACGUUCGGUAAAAUCGUCAAAAACACAAAAUCAAUUGUACGAAGUGACAAUGUCAACAUUUGUAAAAGUUGGCGAGGAUAGUGUGGAAUAUUCGGAAUUUAUUGUUAAGGGACGUAGUAAUAAUAAUCGAACUGAAGAGGAACAACCAGUCAUUACUGAAGAGGUUAGGGAAAAAUUUCAAUACAAAGUCUCAGAGAUGACAACUAAUGGCUCGAGAAUGGAAAAUAUGAUAAAUCUUACAUUUGUUCUCGUUUGUCUUUAUUCGAUUUUGUUAAUAUAGAAAUAAUGAAAAAAAACACACAUCAAUCCCAAUAGCAUCCGGAUAUUCAGGAUAUCCGAGGAUAUCCCAAAGACGUCCUAGAGAUAUCUUAAUUUCAGGAUGUCUAGGAUGUUCGUGGGAUAACAUGAAAUAUCCGUUGCUAUUAGGAAAAACUAAGAAUAAUAUAAGUGGGACGUUGUUGAUUUAAAAAAAAAUUAAAAAUGUGUCUGCGAGGGAUAUAGAAAAAACUGUAAGAGUUAAAUCACAUAAAAAGAGAGUGCAUUGUCAAAUUUUGUAACAACCUCUACAGCAUGGGAUAUUUAAGGAUAUCCCUAAGACAUCAUCAGGAUAUCCAUUUACUUGCGGCAGUUUGGAUAUCCCUAGGAUAUAUUUAGGAUAUCCUAGGACAUCCUCAAGAUAUCUAUUUGAUGGUGGCAGUUUGAAUAUCCCCAGAAUAUACUUAGGAUAUCUAAGGACAUCCUCGGGAUAUCCAAACCGCCAAAAAACAAGUGGAUAUCUUCAUGAUGUCUUAGGGAUAUCCUACAAUAUCCGGUGCUGUGAGUAAAUUCUAACAACAUCGGGAUAUUCCUGAUGUUAUCCCAGGGAUAUCCUAAAAUAUCCAAUGGUGUGAGGGGCGAAUCUGUGAUUUAAUUCUUACUUUCUCACUAGGCUCACGAUAAUAUUACAAUAUUUAGAAAAUUCUUAAACAAUAUAUGAACGUCCUACGAAAUUAAGCCUCUUAUGUGAUACUAAAACUUUAAAAGCCAACAAUUUUUUUUUCUAGCGAAUCGAUUUUUCCCCAUAUCCAUUAUCUCAAAGCACCGGAUAUUUGAGAAUAUCCAACGGACGUCCUUGGGAUAUCCAUUGGCUUACGGUGGUUAGGAUAUCCGUCGAAUGUCCCAGUGACAUGCUACGGGUAACUAAACCGCUAAAGACUGUUGGAUGUCUCUUUGAUAUCCACAAGAUAUCCUGAAAUAUCCACUGCUGUAAGGGUUUAUUUAAUGAUUGAUAUAGGGAAAAUUCGAAUUUUUUUUUCACCAUGUCGCGAUUGCCAAAAAUUUUCGUACAUGAAAAAAAGGAACGAAAAAAAACCCAAACAACAAUGGAUAUUUUAGGAUAUCUUAUUGGCGUCUUAGGGAUAUUAGAAAAUUAGGAAAUCUGCAGGACGUCUUCAGAAGAUCCACGGAUAUCUCUAGGGCGUCAGUAGGAUAUUCCGAAUAUCCGAAUGCUGUUAGGGUUUUUGGCCUCUGCGAGAAUGGAGAAAACCUAGUCGUAAUAUCAGGCGACUUAAAUUUAACGUAAAAUUUACGUAAAAUGAUGCCGUUAAAAUUUAACUCAACAAGAACAAAACAGGGUAUUAAAAAAUAUUUAUCUCACAGCGCCGGAUAUUUAAGGAUAUACCUGGGACAUCCUAAGAAUGUCUAGUUUCUUUUGGCGGUUUGGAUAUCCUUAGGAUAUUUUAAGGAUUUCACAGAGAUAUCCAAACUUCCACAAGCAAAUGAAUAUCCUGAGGAUGUUCUAAAGAUAUCCUUAAUUAUCCGGUGAUGUGUACGUCUCUAUGCAAAUUUAAUAUUUUAAUCCCCAAAAGCAUCCGGAUAUCCCAGAUAUCCUAUGGACGUUCUAUGAAUAUCAUUUGGUCGGAAAAAUUAUAAUAUCUCUAUGAUUUUCAAAGGAUAACCGAGGGAUAUCCUAAUUUUCCCGUAACAUAUGAUAACCCCAGGAUGUCCGUAGGUUAAAUUUAAAUAUCCGCAUACUAUAAUGGAUAUUAUCCCAACUAAAAAUGUAAGGGGAAUUAAGUAAAGAAAAAAUUAUUUAAAAUUUACAAAACAAUUUGAUUAAAAUUUCUUAGAAUAUCUUGUUUUCUUCUUGAACGACAUUAACCUGUAAAGUAACUCGACUUACUCGCAUAAGUAUAUAGACGAAGCGCCGAUAUGGAUUCGCUCAAUUACUUGUAAUAAUUCCAUCGUAAUUUGUAUAUAUGUUAUAAUUUCGCUUAGAUUAUUUAAAUUUUAGAAAUAAAUUAUAAACGUCGAAUAGUAUACAUAAAAAAUUUCUUUAUAACAGAAAUAUUCGGGAUAUUCCUGGGAAGUCUCAGGGAUAUCUUUUGACUUUUAGCGAUUUGGAUAUCCUAGGUAUAUCCAUUAAUAUCAGUAGGAUAUCUCUAGGAUAUCCAAUGCGCCAAUAAUCAAAAGAUAUCCCAGAGACGUUCCAGCGAUAUCCUAUGGAUAUCAAUAGACGUUAGGAUAUUCUUAGGAUAUCUAAACCUAUAUCUUUUAACUUUUGGAUAUCCCAGUGAUAUUCUAUUGAUGUCAAUGGAUAUCCCUAAGAUAUUUAAACCGAUGCUUUUGACCGGUUUGAAUAUCCCUAGGACAUCCUUUGAUAUCCCUAGGAUAUCUAAACCGUCAAAAAUAAAAAAAAUCCAUAAGAUAUCCUGGGAAUAUCCUGAAAAUUACUGUGUUAUAAAGAUUGCAAUAGAAAUGAGAUUUCUAACGAAUUUACGAAAUAUAUAAUAUGUUCCAAAAAAAUAAAUCGAAGCUUGUGCUUCUGAUCACUCGAGAGAACAUCAAAGAUAUUUUGCAUAUUUAUAAUAUUGCUUGUAAACGUAAUUAUAAGGGCAAAAAUAAAAGCAAAAAAAAAGAGAAACUACUGUCUUCCGUUAUAAAAAAUGUAUAUUUCUGGAAUGUUUCCAACAUCGAGUAAAAAAACAAAUAUAUAUAAAUCUUUGUCCAAACAUGUAACAAAGUAACAGGCGUCGCACUUAUAGAUGCGAAAAAAAUAUAUAAAAAUUAUAUAUUAUUAUUAUUAUUAUUAAAAAAAUAAUAUUUCA